AUGCUUUGUUCAGGUAGAGUCAAGGAGGCCGACCUCAAAGCCGAACAGAAAUGGGAUUUCAUAAGUUUAAAUGAUUUCAAAACUACAAGUUGCUUCGCAUAUCUCGCAUACGGUUACCUCUGGAUAUCCCUCCUCAUCUCCGUUGCUGUCUACGGUGUCGAUACCUUUACAGCCGUCAAUCUCCUCGCAUUCAACAAAUGGUCAGGAGAAAUCCAACCCAAAGUCCCCUUUUCCAUAUCGAAAUGGAUCUUCGCGUCGUGUAUUAUUGCAUCGUGGGUCAAUCUGGCUUAUGAACAUCUCCGAGCGAUGCGUGUCAUGAAGAGGGGUGCCGUCGCAGAGAGUUAUUUGGAUUCUUUGGCUGUCCGAAUCCAGAGUAUCAGACUUGGAAAGGGACGGGGGUACAGGCGCUUCUUGGUCUUUGCAGAAUUGACCAAGUCGAAGAAGGGCGCGGAAUAUGUUGCCCUUUUUACAUAUUUCUCCUUCCAAGCCUGGAUUCGAAUCAUCUUCUGUCAAGGACCCAGACAGGUCAUGAAUGCUUUAACCUUAUACUCCGUCUACACUGCGAAGCUCGAGGCGAAUGAUGCCAAAGAUGUGGGAUCAUUCCUUACCACCUUCUUCAAAAAUAUCGCCCUUCUAGCCAAAGAGUCCAAUCAACAAGCGCUUGUUCUUUCUGGCAUGGUCUUCACCAUGGUUAUUUGGAUAUUUGGAGCUCUUUCACUCAUUUUGGCCACUCUUUUCUACGUAUUUUUUCUAUGGCAUUGGAUACCGAACGCAGAUGGUGGUUUGUCUGGAUACUGUCAGCGCAAGGUCGACAAGCGAUUGUCAAGGAUUGUAUCAGUCAAGGUCAACAAAGCAAUCGCCAAGGAUGAGGAAAGACGAUUAAAAGCAGAUGCUAAAUCUGUCAAGAAGGGGGAGAAACCAGCAGGUGGACGUCAAGCUACUUUACCUGUGUUAUACGAUCAAAAGUCCGACGACAAGCUACCUCAGAUGCCGAUUUUGAGUCGCAACGAUACCAUGACGACUCUUCCAAUGUACACUUCUCGACCAGGUACACCAAGUGAUCAACCUCCCAUGCCGGCUUUCGAAUUGGAUGAACUGGGCCAGAAGCGACCUUUCAACGGUCGUAGUGUUACUAAUUCGUCGACUGCUUCCAAUGCGCCUCUGAUGGGCAAUGCUUCUGAUAUGGGAUAUGGACGAUCAGGCUCACCAGCUCCUUCACUACGAUCCAUUGAGACGAGUGGAUUUGCUCCUCAACGGACUAUGACGGGAAAUACAAAUAAUGGUCAAUACCGUGGGCCAGCACCAGGUCCCAGAAUGCCAAGUGCAAUGGGUGACAGAGGUUAUACGCAAAGUCCUGUCUCAUAUGAAGACAACAACAAUGGUUUCCCACCCCCACGGAUGCCUACCGCAAUGGGUGACAGAGCAUACACACAAAGCCCAAUGUCGUAUAUGGAUGGAAGAGGGACUCCCCAAAGUCUAGCUAGUAACGAUACGUUCGGCCGCCCAGUACCUCGAGCGGUCGGCGAUCUACGAUCCAACACACCAGUCGGCCCAGCACCUUCAAUGGGCAGACGGACACCUUUUGACCCUUACUCGAAUAGUAAUGAUCGAUCUUCCCCCGCCCCGCUCUCAGACUUUGGCCGCAACAGUCCAGCACCAGGCCGCAACAGUCCAGCUCCAAGUACACCAACAAAUGGCUACCAAGCCUACAACCCCAAUAUGCGUCCUGCACCGACGUCCAAUCCUCAAGGACAGCAGCCGCAACAACCGCAACAACCACGACAACAAUACAGAAAUAUGACGGAUCCGGGCUUAGGCGCACCGCAACAAGGCGAUUAUUUCAAUGCUCCUGUUCCGCAAAGACCCGGUACCAGUCAGGGUCAGGGACCAGCGAGGCUAGCUAGUCCAGCACCGUAUAAUCAGCGGGGAAGUCCUAGUCCGAGUGGGUUCGGGGGGAUGGAUAGUCCGGGUUAUAGAAGGAGUUAG